AUGCUGCUCAUUGCCACCCUCACCUGCGACUUCCUCUCCGCCUUCGACCUCUCCGCUGUCUCCACUACGCUGCCCACGAUCGUCAACCAGCUCAACGGCACCGAUUUCAUCUGGGCCGGUAGUGCGUACCCGCUUGCCGCCACCGCCCUAAUCCCUCUUUGUGGCGGUCUCGUCUCCAUUUUCGGUCGCAAGCCUGUCCUCCUCUUCAGCGUCAUCCUCUUUGCUGCCGGUUCCGCCAUCUGCGGAGCUGCCCACAACUUGAAUAUGCUCAUCGCUGGCCGUACCGUCCAAGGUCUCGGUUCCGGCGGCUGUCUCGCCACAACCGAGAUCAUCUACGCGGACCUCUCUAGUAUAUUGAACGCACACAGCGCUACAGGACCUAUCGUGGGUGGUGCUCUAGCACACGGGAAUGUAUGGCGCUGGUUGUUCUACUUGAACCUACCCAUCUCCGGUGUUGCCCUCGCGCUCAUCAUCUACUUCUACCGGGUCCCGUCACCCAAGUUCUCUUUCCGUGAGAAAGUUGCGAAAAUGGAUUGGAUUGGUGCCAUCAUCGUCGUUGGGGGCUCUGCAUCGCUCACCUUGGCCUUGACGUGGGGAGGCAUCCAGUUUGCCUGGAGCGCCCCUCAAACCCUUGUUCCUCUCAUCGUUGGCAUUGUGGCGUUGAUUGCUUUCUUCUUCGUCGAGCGUUUCGUCAGUGCAGAGCCUAUAAUUCCAUGGUCGGUCGUCAACAAUCGUACCUCUCUAAGCGGAUAUUUGGGUACUGGCGUUCAUGGCAUUGUCUCCUUUGGCGCCAUAUACUACUUGCCAGUAUACUUCCAGUCCGUCAAAGGCGCCUCCCCGGUGAGAUCCGGUGUCGACAUCCUUGCCAUGGUCUGCUUUAUCGCGCCAUCCUGCAUCGGGGUAGGGAUUUCAGUGGAGAUAUCCCGUCGAUAUCGCCCCCAGAACUACAUCGGAUGGGCGCUUACCAUCGCUGGCUUCGGGAUCCUCACCCUCCUCGACGACAAUUCCAGCAAGGCACGAUACGUCUGCUCGCAGUUCGUGCUAGGCAUAGGCCUUGGAAUCAUAUGGAUUGCGACCCAAUUUCCGAUCCUCGCACCGCUGCCCUACUCAAACAACGCACAUGCACUCGCCUUCUUCACGUUCGUGCGCUGCAUGACACAGAAUUGGGGCAUCGCAAUCGGCGGUGCAAUCCUGCAGAACCAGCUCCAAGCGAAGCUCCCUAGCGCGCUGAUCGACUCGCUGCCCUCUGGCGCGGCGUUCGCCUACUCCCUUAUUCCAGCGAUCAAGGACCUCAGCCCGCCGUUGCUUCAAGACGAGGUUCGCCACGCGUUCGCCGAUAGCCUGAAGCUCAUCUGGGAGACCAUGGCGGGCAUCUCCGGCCUUGGCCUCCUCAGCUGCCUCCUCAUGAAGGAGGUCGACAUGCGGACGGACGUGGACGAGCAGUGGGCACUCGAGGGCAAGGAGAAGAAGCCCGCCGUUGAGGGAGAAGCGUGA